AUGGAAAAUACAGGUGUAAUCGAGCAAAACGACCCAUGGUCGAACGAUCUAAACGAAUCGGAUUUGAAUGACACUCCAAACGAAAUAUCGCCGACAUUGAUUUAUGAAAACGACUCAGAGUUGUCUGUAUUGGGUAGUUCUUAUCGAGUUCCAGAUAUACUGAAGAAACAUAUCGAACCGAUAGUUCUUGAUACGUCGCUAUCUUACAUUCCUGUUUAUACACACCUGAAGACGUGUGAUUUGAAACCGAUCCAAAGACCCUCCACUCCACCUAUUUUGGCGGGAUUACGAUUGAAAUGUCAGUGA